GAGUUUGUCACGUAUAUUCAUGAUCAUGCAUACUGAUUGUGCCUUUCAUGUUAGAAAAUGGAUACCGGAUAUUCUUGGGUUGUACUGACAGCAUGCUGUUGUAUAAAUAUGUUGGCGUUCGGCCUGCUGAAGUCCUAUGGGAUGUUGUUAGUGGAACUGUUGAAGGUCUAUGAUGGUGGUGCAGGGACCACCGCCAUGGUGGGGUCAGUGACGUCACUGGUGAUGAGCUUCAUCGGACUGUUUGGAUGUACCUUGGGCGAAAUGACAACGUUCCGAAAAGUGCUCCUCCUUGGUGGGAUAUUUCAGGCUUCUGGGUUAUUCCUCAGCGUCUUCGUCGAUAGAUUACACGUCAUGUUUUUGACCUACACAGUAAUAACAGGGAUAGGAUAUGGACUUUUGAUUUCACCAUGCGCCACAGUCCUGAACUUCUAUUUCGAGAAGCGCCGUGCCUUAGCAAGUGGUCUUCUAAACUCUGCGAGUGGUGUGGGAAUGUUUAUAUUUCAAUACCUUUAUGGAAGUCUUUUCGAUGAAUAUGGACUGAAAGGUUGCUUACUAAUCAUAAGCGGGAUUGUCUUAAAUAACUGUGUCGCUGGAUCGUUGAUAAGGCAGCCCCAGCAGCUGAAGGAGCCCAAUGUCUCCCUCAUCAAGACACCUGAUCUCAAUCCUAUAAACGCUUGUGUGAUAUUUUUCAGAAAAGUCUUCAAAUCUCGUUUUAAAUUGUUCCGAAAUCUCCCGUUUGCUCUUGAAUGUGCAUCACUGGCCUUAGCACAGAUCGGUUAUGCUUCUCAUUUCUUUUUGUAUCCAGCAUUUGUAAAAGGUAGAGGUUUUGACGACACUUCCGUUGUCAUCGCCAUGGUCAUACUGAGUUCAUUAGAAGUUGUAUGCAAAAUAAUUUUAGGUGCACUAGCAGACCAUAUAUCGCCGACGGUCCUACACAGUAUCGUCAUGCUUGUCGGCGGAGUAGCAGCAGUUGUUGUAACUUUCACCGAAAAGCUUUGGCUUCUUUAUGCGUACGCCGCCAUUACUGGCGCACUUCCGGGAACUUUUUUUGUUUUCAUGCCUCCCAUUCUUGUCAGAAGCUGUGGUCUGAAGAAUCUGGGAGCAUCAUUAAGUACGGUCAUAGUCACAGGGGCGCUCUUAUUGGCGAUAAGUGUACCUGGUCUUGGAUUAAUGGCAGACAUAACCGGAAACUGGAAUCUCUCUUUCCGAGUCAUUGGUGCGAUACUUUUUACUUCCGGUUUACUGAUGGUGGUUGAUGAAGUAAAAAGAAGCAAUGAAGUAAAUGAUAAAAUGCAAAGAGAUCUAAUAUAAAAUCAGAUAGAGUACUAAUGACUUUAAUAAUAUAUUAGAUGCUGUCAUAAAACAUGAAAUGGUGAUUUUAGCAAUGUAUAUAUAUACAUGAAGUGUAUAUUGCCUAAAACAA